AGCAUAUGCAAAGGGAAAGAACCAACUCAUUCUGAAAUUUUACUCGCUUCCCAGAAAUUUAUUUGUGGAGGUUCAAAGGCGUGCUCUGCAUUUUGCUGAUUCAUCGCUUUCGUGUAAAUUUCUCUCCCAGGUUUGAGUAUUCACAUCCCAAUACCUUGCUAGCAUUUUGUGAUUAUUGCAGCAUUGGCGAUUCACAUGGCAGCACCAUCAUCGGUUGGCUUCGCCGGCAAACCCAAGUACAGAUAUGAUGUUUUUCUAAGUUUCAGAGGCGAAGAUACUCGCCACUCCUUCACUGUGCAUCUCUACGAUGCUUUACGCCGGAAGGGAGUCAACGCCUUCAUAGACGACAAGAAGCUUGGGAAAGGGGAGCGGAUCUCACCAGCGCUUCUUAAAGCCAUUGAGAAAUCGAGGAUUUCGAUUAUUGUGUUCUCUAAGAACUAUGCUACUUCCACAUGGUGCCUCGACGAACUCUCCCACAUCAUUCAGUGUAAGAAGGAGAAGAAACAGAUGGUCAUGCCAAUAUUUUAUAAUGUGGAUCCGUUGGAUGUUCAAUUUCAGAGAAAUAGCUUUGGAGAAGCCAUGGCUGCUCUGGAAGAUAGGUUCAGAGAGGACUUGGAGAAAGUGCAAAAAUGGAGGUCUGCUUUGUCUGAAGCUGCUAGUUUGUCAUCAGCAUGGCUUUUGGAAGAAGAAUAUGAAUGUGGGUUCAUUGAAAAGAUUGUUGAAGACGCAUUUGCUAUGUUACCUCCUAAACGUUUGCAUAGCCGUGAGUGCAUGGUCGGACUUGAGCCUCGCAUAGAAAGGUUGAAGUCUCUUUUGGAUCAUUCUAAUAAUGGCGUCUGUAUGGUGGGGAUUUAUGGAACCGGUGGAAUUGGAAAAACAACCCUUGCAAAGGCUUUGUAUAAUUCAAUUUUCUACCAAUUUGAAGGUGCAUGUUUUUUGUUUGAUGUUAGAGAAGCAUCAAAGAAAUACCAGGGCAUUGUUCAUCUUCAACAGGCACUUAUAUCAGAGAUUCUUGAGGAAAAGAAGACAAAGUUUAGCAGUGUUGAUGAAGGAAUAUCUAGAAUAAAACACAGACUCUCUCACAAAAGAGUUCUGUUGGUUCUUGAUGAUGUUGAUGAGGUUGAACAGUUAGAAAAACUAGCAGGGGGGUGUGAUUGGUUUGGUUGUGGCAGCAAGGUCAUCAUAACAACAAGAAAUAAGCAGUUGCUAAUUGUGCAUAAUGUUGAAAAAACAUAUGAAAUGAAGAAGCUAGAUGAUCAUGACUCUCUUGAACUGUUUUGUUGGCAUGCAUUCCAUUUGAUCCAGCCUCCAAAAGGCUAUGAAAAUAUGUCCAAACGUGUGAUAAGUUAUGCAAAUGGCCUUCCAUUGGCUUUAAAAUUAGUAGGCUCCAAUUUGGCACAUAAGAAUUUAGAGGAAUGGAGGUCUACGCUAGAACAAUAUGAGAGGAUCAUGGAAAGAACAAUUCUAGACAUACUAAAGAUAAGCUAUGAUUGCUUGCAAGAUGGUGCAAAGCGUAUUUUUCUAGAUAUUGCUUGUUUCUUUAAAGAGGAGGCAUUGGAAACUGUUGAAGAAAAACUAGCAGCUUAUGAUUUUGGUGCAAGGUUUUACAUUGAAAUUCUUGUUGACAAAUCUCUUGUAACUGUUGCUGAUAGUGGUAACCUGGGUAUGCAUGAUCUAAUACAGCAAAUGGGUAGGGAGAUUGUUAGGCAGGAGGCCCCAUCAAAUCCUUGUAAACGCAGUAGAUUAUGGCAUUGCAAAGAUGUUCUCGAAGUAUUGCGUGAAAAUCUAGGAAGCAGUAAUAUUGAAGGAAUAAUGCUUGAUCCGCCUCAACAAGAAGAAGUGGAGUGGAGUGGUAUGGCUUUUGAGAAGAUGAGUAAUCUUAGGAUUCUUGUGGUUCGGAAUUCCCAAUUUUCAACCAGCCCAAAGUAUUUUCCAAGUAGUUUAAGAUUGCUUGAUUGGGCGGGAUAUCCUUCUACAACUUUGCCACCAGAUUUUUCUCCUAAAAAACUAGUUUUCAUCAAAUUAUCUGGUAGACUUUUCAGACUGGAAGAGUCAUUCAAGAGAUUUGAAUGUGUAACGUAUAUGAAUUUCUCACACUGUAAAUUCAUAACUGAAGUACCUGAUAUGUCUCAAUUUCAAAAUUUAAGAAGAUUGUUGUUCAAAAGGUGUCGCAAUCUAAUCAAAGUUCAUGACUCAGUUGGAUCUCUGUCUAAGCUGGUUGAAUUAAAUCUUAGUAGAUGCACCAAUCUUACAAGCUUUCCACAUGAAAUCAAGAUGGCAUCUCUUCAAAAGCUUCAUCUCAGCUAUUGCAUGAGUCUUGACCGCUUCCCACAUAUAGUGGGAAAGAUGGAUGCACUGAGGACAAUUUAUGCAGAAGACACUGCAAUUAAAGAGCUCCCACCUUCCAUUGGAAAUCUUCCGAGGCUUGAAUCUUUAGUUAUAAGCUCCCACAAAAGUCUUAGGGAGCUUCCAAGCAGCUUAUUUAAGUUGCAAAACCUUAGUUGGCUUAAUUUAAGAGGUAUUCAACCUCCGAGCAGAAAAUCUUUGAAGAAAUCAUUACAAGAGGACCAACCAGUUGUUAGCUGCUCAAACUUGACGAUGUUGAAUCUCGAAAAUUGUUGCCUACUGCUUGAAGAUCUUCACCUAGCUCUAAAUUGUUUUUGGAAUGUGAAAGAGUUAAUUUUAUCAGGGAGUGAUUUUGUGUCCCUUCCUGAGUGCAUUAAAGAGUGUGCUAAUCUGCGGAAUCUAGUAUUGAAUAACUGCAAGAGGCUAAGAGACAUACCAGAGUUGCCAUCAAAAUUGGAAAAUAUAGAGGCUGAGAAUUGCAUAUCAUUAUCUACAGGGUCAUUAAGCCAUUUAUGGUCUCAGGCGAGAAAGGAGUUCCAUCACUUGAACAUUACUAUGCCACCGACAACAUUUCCUGAUUGGUUCAACAUAUUCUGUAAAGGAGGGACAUUGUCUUUUCGUGCUCAUGGGAAUUUCCCUCAUGCUGCCUUUGCUUUUGAGUUGGGCAAAGCAAACUCGAGUGAGAAACACUUUGUCCAUGUUUCCGUGAGCAUCAAUGGUCGUAAAACACAAAGGAGACAAAAUGCUGCAAAUUAUGGAACUAGGGAAGGUCAUCUGUUUUUAUUUGAUCUAAAAAUGGCUUUUGAGCCAGAAGAGUGGGAGAGGCUUGAUAGUUUUCUGGAACUGGAUUGGAAUGAUGUGGAAAUAGAAGUCCUAUGUUUAACUCCCCACAAGAAAAAACAAGUCAUAAAGUUAACACCAGAAAUGCCCAUAGUUAGCUGUGGAGUAUAUGUGUACAAACAGCAAACAAACAUGGAGAAUGUCCUUUUCCAGUCAGCUAUGCUUUCCAUGAAUUCUCCUUCAACUUCACUGAAACGAAGAGCAACUGCUUCUCCUCCUAAUGAACAGCCCAUAAAGAUCUUGAGAAAAUUCAAGGCUGUUAAUAAAGGAAACUCAACAACACAAAGAAUGGGAUAAGGUCCAGGAGAAUUAAACAACACCAAAUUUUUCGUUUGUGUAACAGAAGAAAGAUGGUUUUUCCAAUAGGUAGGCAUGCUUGGUUGUAAAUUUAAUGAGACGAAUUGUUUAUUUUUCUGAUGUGCAUUGUCAUUUGUGAAUUGGAAAUAUCUGUUUAUGAAGGAAAGAAUGUCAUGUCAUCACACCUUGGUGGCUUUAUGCUUUAUCUGAAACCAAAAGUGUACGGGUUCGGUAAUGGUAAAUCUUAUGUUUCAUGUCCCAGAGACAAUUAUUAAAGAAACUAGUUAGAAUUUUUGAAAUAAUUGGGUCAAUUUAUUUACCCAUACUAGCCUGUAAUUUUUUAAAAAUAAUGAGACUCUAAUAUUAUUACUUAACUAUUGACACAUAAAGUUACAGAUUAGAGCCUGUAGAUGAGGUGGAGAUUGAAGAUUGCUAAAUAUUAUCUUAUAGCUAUCCUUCUGAACUGUAAGAAACUUUCCAAACAUUAAUGCGCAUCUCAAUGCCAUCAUUGACACCCCUGCAAAUGGCAUCAUUUCUAAAGCACCAAGUAGUGUACAAAAUAUUACAGAUAUGAGAGGAAAUCUCAAGUUCGAAACCAUUAAGGAUUAGUAAGCCAUUGUGCAAUAUCUUCAGUGAGCCAAAUCUGUUUCAAGACCCAAAGAUAAACCAAUCCACACUGCCAAAAAAAAAUAAAUAAAUAAAUCAAAGAUGCUCUCUGGAUUUGCACGGAUCGUUGCAAAAUCCACAGACUAUAGUUAGCCGCAGGUGAUGAUCCUUUAAUGUUUUAGUUAGGGGCAGAGCAGUUUUAAGAACUUUCCACAUGAAUAAUUGAAUUCUAUACAGCAUAUGCAGAGGCCAAAUCUUCCCCGACCUGCUACCAAAUAAACUCUCGCCUGCUGUUUUGCUGUGCCAAAUGAGUUGAUCCUUCUGACGAGAAUGGAAUCCUUAAAAUGGAAUCUACUGCAUUGCUUGAUUAGAUUGCAGGGCAUUCUGGUUCUAUAGGCUACUAAGGGUGUGGUUUAAUGUAACAACAAGAAGUAUUAUCCUACUAAGUGUGGUCCGUUAUAUGGUUCAAUAAUAAAAUAUUAAAUCCAUUGCCAAUUCUCCGUCCAAGCUUUUCAGUGUUAUAGUGGAUUUCCAAAUCUAGGACUUAGAUGAGUGGUUUUGAAUGUUAGCAUCCUGCUAAAAAUGAAGAUAUUUAGGUUCGAGAACCAAUUGAGAAAUCAAAUUCUCUUCAGCUGUAAAAGCAUUCACACGGAUUUAGCUAGUGGAGCUUUAUUGAAAAACUUUUGCACUUGAAACCCAAGCCACCAGUAUCCUGACCCUUACCUUGCUCCAGUAAUCUUUUUUCUAUUCUCAGUUUUAACCCCACAACGACUUCACCAUCUUUAGGUCAAUUUUGUGAUAACAUUUGAUGUAGAGAAGCCUUUGGGGAAGAACAGUGGAAUAGCCUGAAUAAGCUUCUGGAAUGGGAUUGGAAAGAUAGGGAAAUAGAAGCAAUACGUGAUUAACCAGAUUGGACCAUAGUUAAUUGUGGAUUUUGUGCGUAUUAACAAGAAACAAACAUGGAGAAUGUUCGGUUAAGUCUUAUCCUCCUCCGAAUGUGGAUCUUGUUUAGGUGACUUCAUUAUAAUCCCAUGGCUUUCUCACCUUACACACACACACACACACACAUCCUCCCAAGCCUAGGUAUAUGACUCAUUUCAUUGGUUAUACAUAUACUCACAAUGAUAAUAUGCGUUUGCAUUAUCAUUGUGACCUUGUAAUUUAUGCUUUUGAUGAAAAAAAUUAUAUAUCUUAUGUUUCGUUUGUCAAGCACAUUUAUUCUAGGGAAAAAGAGCAAAUUGACACUUAAAUUAUAGGUCUAAGAACGUUUGGGACUCAUAAGUUUAUUUUUAAUACAAUAUUUCUCAUGAACUUUUUAAAAUGGUGCAAUUUGACUUCUAUCAUUAACAAAAAUUAACUUUGACCGUUAAUUAACCAGAAAAUCACAGAAAAGGGUAUCAAAAUUACGAAAAAGGGUCCAUAAAAUUUUCUUGGUCCUUUUUUUUGUAAUUUUUGAAUCAUUGUCUGUAAUUUUUAGGUCUUUUGCUAUAACUUUUUGGUUCUUUUCUAUAAUUUUUAAAGUUUUUUUUUAUCAUUUUCUGAUCAAGUAAUGGUCAAAAUUAAAGGUCGGAUUGUAUCGUUUUUAAAAGUUGAAGGAGAAUAUUGUACUAAAAAAUGAGUUUAAGAUCUCAAAUAUUCUUUGACCUAUAGUUUAAGGACAAAUUUGCUCUUUUAGCCUUUAUGUAUAAACUUGGUAGAAUUAUUAAUGCAAUCAUCAAUCUUUUAUCCUUACAGAAACCUGUAGAAUUUGCUAUAAAUGUGAUUGUAACCUGCUGAAAAUGUUAUUUAUUUUCAUGUUUACUUGUACAAAUAUCCCACGCUUCUAAAUGGAUUUUUAAUGCUUUUUCCAAGUUAAUAAUCUUAUAACCUCUAAUUGGUUCACUUUGUGCAAUUAUGUAAAUUAAUUUUCCUAUCUGUAUAAUUGUAACUUCUGAGUUUAAAUUUUUGAAGUUUCGAAGGUCUGUAAGUAUUAAAAGCGCCAUGACCUACCUGACAAUUCUAAGUGAGUAAUAAACAUUAUCCCCAGUUUUCGUCUUUUACUUUCUCAAAAUUUCAUUUUUUUUCAUCAGUUUUAUAACAUUUAUACCUUUAUUUUAUGCAAGUUUUGGUUCUGAGCUAAUACAAUAUUUUCAUCUUUCAAGAAAUUAUAAUUUUUGAGGUCUUUCAAAAUAUUUUUUGUCCUUUAGCUUAAUAUUUCCCUAAUAUCAAUUUAAUAGUAAUCACUAACUAAUAAUGCAGCCAGCUGGUUGUUUUUUGUUUUGCUACAUCAAAUGUUGAUUUGCUUCUAUCUAAAAGUCAGGAAAACGUGGAUUCCUAAUGCCUAGAACUUGAU